ACGGAACCAUCAGAGUGCGGUUAUUCAAUUAAAAAAGUUAUCAGCUCGUUCUAAGCUUUUUGUCUAACAUUGUACCUACUAACAACAAGUUUACUACUCGUAUUGUGUUGAACAAUGUUGAGUAGCGGAGCGAAGCAGCUCAUAUCACUGCAGGUGGUUUGCAACCCGACUCUGCUGUCCCACCGCACAAUAUAUCUAAAGGACGUAUGUAUAUUAGUAUACAUAUACACCCCAGACCUUCAAGCCCCGGUAAGUGCUGCACGUCCCGGCCACGCACUGCGCAGUCGCACUCCAAAUCUCAGACGGCCCCCUCCGUUUUCGCAUAUCGUCCGAAAGUGAAUUGGCUGAGUCAUUUAAAAUGAUGAACUAUACGAAUACGUGUCCUUGGCCUCUGUUUGAUGAACAAGAAAGUGAUGAUAUUGUUGACCACUUGCAUUAUAUAGGAGGAUUUUCUGCACUGAUUUUCAUUGGGUUAUUAUUAGCCUAUUUUCAUCCAACUUUUGAAACGAAUCGCAGUUACCAGAAUAUUGGAUUUUUAAUGCUUUCUGCGUGGAUUCGGAGGUGUACGCCAUUUUUGAUGACCUAUAUAAUAGACAAGAAGGACAUAUACCGUCGAGAAAUGACCCUGUGCCGACUAUUUGGAUUCUUCGAAACUUUCAUGGCAAUCCACGAGGUGGAAUGCCUCACGCACGUUUGCAUAGAAAGAUAUGUUGUGAGCAAAUACAUCACUAAUGGUUGGCGUAUGCCAGACCGGCAUUACUACAUGUUCCGGCUACUCAGUGUGUUCUUCGCUGGCACAUACUCGCUGGCCGCCGUCAGUGGCGUCGUCGGCGGCUACGGAUACGACUUCACCUGCUCCAGCUGUACGAUGGACAUGAUCCUGCCUGGGGGUUGGCAGAAGUAUUCCGUUAGCUUGCUCUUUUUUAUGAGAAGUAUCAAGCCCGUGGGAUUUAUGAUUGUUAUGCUGAGAUGGGCCAAACAACUUGAGUCUAAAUUCGUUGACGUUGCCUAUAAUCGGAAACAAAAGAAAAUUACCGAUGAAGUAAUAGCGCUGACUGUGAUGAACCUGACCUGCUGGGCGCCAAUAGCUCUAAUCCAGGCCUCGGUGAUACUAUCGCAGCUUCUCUACGGUCCUGGCGAGUUCUCGCUGCCCUCGCCAUCGCUAGUCAAAAUGGCGUUGCUGUUGCAUUGGAGUUCACUUGGGUGUUCCACUAUCAACUUGUUUCUUCUGAACCCGAACAUACGAAAGGCCGCGCUUAACUUUAGAUUCCAACACUUCACGGAACGCACUUCGGAUCCCCAGAAAAUGGAAUAAAAUUCAUACGCAGCUGUCAAUUCCAGUAGAUAUAUAUUAAUAUGAUACGUGUACAUAAGAAAUGUACAAGUUGAUCGCAUUCCAUACGUUAUUAAGACUUAACAAUGUACAUAGAGACACAAUAUUUGUACGAAGAAUAUCAGAACAGUUCAUUGUAAACGAUAUAAUGCUAAUCUAAGUGUUUCAGUCAAAUACAAUAUUUACAUUCAACAAGUUCAAUAUUUUAACUAAAUAUAUAUCGCAAAACAAACAAAAUAAAUUUGUUACGCUUAAAAUAACAUCUUAAACUACAAGGGGGCAACCCGACUCGAGAAAGUAACAGAAAGUGGCGAGACUACCGCAUGAUUGCCACAUGACUACCGGAAUUCGUUAUAGUGCCUGGAUGACAUAGGCUAGAUUUUUAUUUUUAUCGAUUCCCCGAAAAGGAAGACGUUUUUUAGAGAAAAUACAAAUGUAGCGGUAGCAACGUCAUCUUAUGUUACUUUUACAAGUCGAAUCGGAACCCUGAACACAACUUGGAAGAUCACAUACACAGAACAUAAAGUGCAGAAGGUAAUUGUCUAAAGACUGAAUAUAUGAUGUUACUAUGUACCAGACUUCAGUGAUCACAAUAGGCAUCGUAGAUUGAUUGCCAGAUAGUGGUAGGUAGGUAGUAUACUUAAAGUUGGACCUCACCAUACAAUCUAAUCUCGAUUGGUCCGCAUUAAGGCCAUGUUUUGAAGCUAACCACGCGUUCGUUUUUAACACUUCACAUUACUGUAGCUACUUAUUAUUAUAUCAUUAGUAUUUAAGCAACUGUACGUCAUACGUCACAUAAUAUUUUAAGGAAGUAUUAUAUUACAACUCAUAAAUUUCUUAUACUUCGAAAUAUAUAGAAACAAUUGGC